AUGGCGGCGUCAAGUUCCUCUACGCCAGAGUUUUCAGUAGAACAACAUACUACACCUGAGUACAAAAAUUGGCUUGCCUUAGGACAUGCUUUAACAACAGUACUUUGUCAUGGUCUUCGCCCAUUUAUUAACAGAGAGAUGAACGCUUUCUAUACAUACGCGACUGCAACACUUGCAGCAGCUGUUCCUUGUUCUUGUGUCGUCGUCGCUGGAAGAAGACCAAAUCAGUACCAUGACGUAAGAAGCUGUGCAUGGGCCAACUUCCUGCAAAGUCAUCAUCAUAAAGGCAGGCCAAACUGGAAACAAAGUGAUCCCGCAAAGUGGAGAGAUCCAGUCUUGGGUCCUUGGGAGAUAGCCAAACUCUUUCUUCCAGAUCUGGGAGGACACGCCGUAGAGAGCGUAGAUGAUAUGGACGUCACUGGAAUCUUGAACCUGAUGGACUGGUGUGAUCACUUUCGAUCAAUUCCUCGAACACUGAUCGAAGACGUCCGUGAUAUUCGGAAUCACAAGUGGGUACAUGUGCCGAAGCUGGAGUUGACCGAAGCGGACAAGGCAAACGCCUUUGCAUCCAUAGAAAGUUUUCUUCAGGUUCCUUCCUUAAUUCACGACCAAGAUGCUCAAAAAGCUCUACGUGAGAUCCAGACACUCAAAUGUGUGUCAGACUUAAACAAUUUUCAGGCCCAAGUUGUAAACCAAUAUAAAGAAAUAAUAGAAGAAAGAUUCCUAGAAUUACAGAGAAAGGUCGAUGAAGAGUCCAGACUUCGAAAUCAGUUGGAGGGACGCUUACAUAACAUGCAGGAAUUGUUGCAAAACUUAAAAGAUAUGUUAAUAGUCAUAAUCACCAUUCCCAACCGUGUUAAAAGUGGUGCUCUGACUUUGUUCAACAAGCUUAUCAAGUGCACUCGUGCAAUGCUGAAACAGCGGUUCGCACCAUUGCUGAUGAUGCUGUUGCUGUGUAGUUGUAUCACCGUUCUCGAUCCAAGGUCAUACAAAGACGGUGAGUAAAGCACGGAGUUUUCCAUUUUAAGAUUGCAAUUCAUGAAAAUUAGCCCUAAAGUUAUGGUACGUGGUCAUCGAAUUAAAAUGGGAGAGCAUUGCGCGUCGAGAAACUGAACAGUAAGGCCGUGUACAUGAAUUCUUGGCUGCUCAGUGAAGAUAUAAAUCUAUGUUUCUGUUAGCAUAGAAUCCUGCAAAGUUAGGAAACGAUAAAAACAAAAGUUAAUCAAACUGAUGUUCACUACAAAAAUAUCACAAAAACGCAAUAAGAAUGGAAUAAUAAGAAGACACAACUUAAUUCACCUUCCAAAUAUCUCAAAAUGCAUGCAUGUAUUAACAGGAACGGUUACAACCUACAGACGACCCUUUCCUUAUGCACAUCUCCUUAAUGGAACGACCUGAUUUUAAUGGGAGUUAUAGAACCACCACCUCAUUAGUGCAGGCAUCUUGGUGAUUUUGUAAGAGGUUGCCUCUGUAUCCUUUUGGUAAACGUACUAGGAUGUUCCAAAUAAGAAUUGCCUUCUAUUGACUUAUUAAUUAUACCUUGCACAAGAUAAAAGGGAAAUAGUCUGCUGACCUUAGCUUUCAUACUUCUUAUCUUGUGUCACGCUACAGACGUUUCAUUGGAGAUCCCAGUAGAAUAAAACCCUGAGUCGUUUACCAGUGCAGUAUGGGGUUAUAAUAUACGUGAAAUGAAACGGUCCGUGUUGCUUUAUUCCAGCAAUUGUGUUGACUAUUCAACUUUACAGGGUGUCCUGCGGAAACAGGCGGAGUUCCAAUCGACACCAAAGAUAUCAGCUUGACAGAGUACUUGAAAACAGCUAGCGGGGAAACCUUCAUCGGGCGCCAUUGGCUGUAUAGAGAGGUCGAAGAUUCGCUUAAGGAUGAUAACGUGGCCGGGGUGCUAGUGAUAGGAAAUCCUGGUGCGGGUAAAUCCGCUUGGGCCUCUCAACUCAUUUGUUCUCGAACAACAAGCUCUACAAUCCAUGCUCAUAUUCUCGGUUACCACUUGUGUAAGUACUCAGACAAAAAUACACAAAUGGCAGGAAAGUUUGUUCGCAAUUUAGCGGAGAUGAUAGCCCGCAGGUUGCCCGAGUAUGGUUAUCUCGUUUCCAGUAGUUCUUACAUUCAACGCUCUUUUGAUCUGGACUGUAUCCAGAAUCAGGAUCCUGUGGGUUGUUUUGAGCAAAGUAUCCUUACUCCGCUGAGAAACCUAAAAAAUGAACCGACAAGCAACUGGUUUAUCAUAGUGGAUGCCCUAGAUGAGUGUCUUUCACAAGGUGAAACAGGUCAAAGCAUUGUUUACCUCCUAAACAACAAAAUUAAUCGGUUUCCACAUUGGUUAAAGCUCAUCAUGACUUCACGAAACGAAUCUGAAGCCUUACUGCAUUCAACAAAAGUAUCGAACCUAGUCAUUGAUCCGGAAGAUUCUAGAAACCUGGAGGACAUUGAAAUUUUUGUGAUGACAAGACUCUAUCAACCUAGUCCUUUACUGCACCGCAUAACGUCCUGGUUCGGAGAUGACAGUAUCGAAAGUACAACAAAGUUGGCAGCUGCAUUACUUAGCAAAAGCCAAGGAAACUUUCUGUUCGUUAAAGAGUUGCUUAACCACUGGGAACACUCGAGACACGAAUUAGGAAAUGAGUAUACCUUGCCAAAAUCUUUGGCAGACCUCUACCGCAGUUACUUUGAAAGACUUUAUCCUCGGCAAAGAAGCUUUAGUCCUGCUCGGCGUGUUUUGGAAUUAUUGGUUUCGACGUUUGAACCACUGGCUGAAAAAGAAAUCUUUGAAGUACUCAGAAUGAAAGAGACUGACCUGCACAAAGAAUACGAUUUCAAGAAUAGAUUGAAAGAGCUAGGACACUUUCUGAAAUACGGAGAAAACAAUACAAUCACGCUUUAUCACUUGUCACUAGCUGAUUGGUUGACUAACGAAAAUAACGAGAAGUUCUUUGUGAGUAAAAAGAAUGGACACGAGAUCUUCUGUGGCUACUACAUCAAUCUUAUAAAAGACGGAGAUAAAAGUACUCUGUUGAAAUAUAUUCUCACUUUGGCCCAACACAUUGCUUUCGGCGGUUGGAAAAAAGCCUACAUCAAAGAAUUUCUUAAUUUUCCCUCUCAGACCGUCAAUUCGUCAGAUCCGCUUAGUAACAGAACUCUGCUGCAUUUGGCCGCUACAAUCAACAGUACAGAUGUUCUGAAACUGUUAUUACGACAUUUUAGCAGCAUUGAUGGCGUUGAUAAGCGUGGAUUUACACCCGCGUUUUUGGCAGCACAGCAUGGUCUUGUAGAUAACCUUGCACUGUUGGUGAAAAGAGGUGCCGAUGUGAAACAGAAAGCCCAGUCAAUCAUUGCAUUUUAUAAAGACAAGACAAGAGCCGUCUUUGAAGAAGUAAAAAGUGGUUGCUCUCAAUCAUAUUGUGGUCCCGUUACAGACACGCCAUAUAAUCAGAUUCAAUCUGAAUUCUUUGAUUCCUCAAUGCUCCAUGCCGCAGCCCAAGGAGGACAUGUAAGCGUUGUUCGUUUUCUUCUUGCUAAAAAUGCUACAGUUUCGGCUUUGAAUGGUGUUAACCUGACCCCAAUACAGUUAGCGGCAGAAAACGGCCAUCUUGAAGUUGUUAAAAUUCUGUACGAGGCAGGCGCAAUAGCAGAUCAAACCGCUCUACAUCUCGCAACUGCAAACAAUAGAUUGCAAGUAGUGGAUUUCCUCUUAGACGCUGGUGUCAAAGACGAAUGCCCAAGAUGUGAUGGCUACUUUUACUGGCUGGAUCAAAUGUCAGAAGGACGAAGUCGACUUUAUGAUGACAAACAUUUAAUUUUAUGUCAAUCUUCUCUUCACACUGCUGUUGCCUCAGGAUACGAGAAGAUAGUUUCUCGCCUUCUUUCCGAAAAUAAAAAUGCACUAAAUUGUUAUGAUUAUUCUGGGAGAUCUCCACUUCACGAAGCCGUUCGAAAAAACCAAAGAAAGAUUGCGGAUAUUUUGCUUGGGAAGCAACCGCAGAUGAUACACUACAAGUGUAAACACUGGCAAAAAGUCGACUCAUCACAGCUUAGUUAUAGGGAGCAAACUGAAUACAAUGCAGAUGUAUGUCAUUGUGGCUACACUUCUCUCCAUCUUGCAGCAAGGUAUGGCCACCGGCAAUUGGCGAUAUCGCUUAUUAGAAAAGGUGCUCGUGUUAAUGACCGUGACUGCAACGGAGCGACAACCAUUCAUGUGGCUGCUUGCCACAAUCAUAGUGGCUUGAUUCAUUUAUUUUCUCAUCCAACUGUCGGGGGGGACAUCAACGCCAAAACUCUAAAUGGCUCUACACCUCUUCAUAGCGCUGCAGCUUGUGGAGCAGUCGAGGCAAUUAAUCAUAUCCUCUACAAGGAGGUAGACCCGUCGGUUGUUGAUGAUUACGGCCUGACGGCACUGCACUACUCAAUCCGAAAUAUCAAAUCGAGUGAACUUAGUCCAAUAGUGUACCGCAAUUACAUCGCUCGUGAUGGAACCGUGAUUCCACUUCUAAGAGAUCGAAAGGGUCAUUUGUCUGGCUUUUUUUCAGACAAUCAGCAAAUAAAAAGUACCGACCGUUUAAAUUGGUUAGACAUCCUUAUUAGGUUAGUUUUUACAGACACUAAUAUCGAUGCCGUUGAUACUAAAAGGCAAACAGCGUUACACAUUGCUGCCCAGAAUGGAUUAGCUGACGCUGUUAACGUUCUUCUUCAGAUGAAUGCAUCACUGGAGAAAAAAGACGUUAAUGGGAAGACACCACUGGCACUGGCUGUUGAAAAUGCGCCCCGUCCAAUUGUACCAUUUCAUUUACAUUCUCUUACACCUUUCGGUUCAGGGACCAUAAUAGAAGAUUUGAAAGAGGCUUUAAGAGAUCACGAAAUGGCCGUUUUUCUUCUUCUUCGUCGUGGCCCCUGGCUUGGGAAAUGCAAUAAGGCAGAAGGUAGCUUGCUACAUCAGGCAAUCCUUAACCAACAGCCUUACAUCGUUCAACUCCUAUUACUAAGGGGAGCGAGUUUAAGAUGCACAGAUAGCCUUGGGCGAACACCCCUUAUAACUUACCUUCAAACUGGCGGGGAAUUUAUAGAUGUGCUUCUCAAAAACUUUGUCCCUUUUGUUCCAGUUGAAUGUGGAAGGCCUUUCAACUAUUCAGUGUAUCAUCUUUUAAGCUAUCGCACCCCGACAAUUAAAGAUAAUAAUUUUUUCUACCUCAAAGAAUGCAGUGGAUAUGAUAACUUGGUUUGUUAA